AUGGCACCCACCAAGAAGGUCAAAAAGUCCGCCGAGAACAUCAACUCGCGACUUGCCCUCACCAUCAAGAGUGGGAAGUACUUGCUCGGCUACAAGAGCACCCUCAAGAGCAUGCGAAGCGGCAAAGCCAAAUUGGUAUUGAUCUCCGGAAACACCCCUCCUCUUCGACGAUCCGAGAUCGAAUACUACGCCAUGUUGUCCAAGACUCCAGUACACUUGUACCAGGGAUCUAACGUCGCUCUUGGUACCGCCUCCGGAAAGCUAUUUCGAGUUGGAAUCUUGACUAUCCUGGACGCUGGUGACUCAACAAUUCUGGAUGCUGCCAACUAA